AAAAAAAUUCAGAUUUUGUUGUUUUCGGGGAAUACCCUAGGUAUUGGGUGUUCUAGGAGAAUACCAGAUUCAUUCAUUUAUUCAUUAUUCCAACCAUACUAAAAUUAAAUGGGUCAUGAUUCUGUUUCUAUAGGUCAAUUUUAACCUUGAAUGUGGGAUGAUUCAUUCUCAAAGAAAAAUCAAUAGUUUAGUUUAGGGACUCCCUAUGUUUAGUCAGUAAUCAGUGUUUUCUCUAGAAAUACUUACUAUAAGGUAUUUACAAGUAAUUUUGGUUCAGAAAAUGCUUCCAGAAGCAGAAAAUUAUGGUAUUCUACAUCACAGAUCCUACAAAGUGAACCCAGACAGUUUCCGCAAACGAAUGGACUGGAAAAAAAUGAAAAAGAAGUGUGGUAAAUCCCGUUCCAAGCAGAAAAAAGUCGAACUUUUAUUUGAAAACGAAAUGCAAUCAGCUCCGGAAAUAGAACUUCCAGCAAAUGCAUCAGCUUUUGCUGUUUUUGCUUCAGUACGUUUGGCUGUCUUGGACAGAUGGAUGCGGAACGCGACACAAGAACACCUUCAAAGCAGCUGCAGCAUUCCCAUGAUAGACCAAAGCGAAAUUGAGAGCGACACCGAAGAUAAUACUCAGAGCAGCACUUAUGUCCCAGUAAAAGUCUCAAAAGUAGUCGGACUAGGCCUCAGAUCUGUUUUUGAGUUGAUCAAAGAGAGCAGAACAUCGCAUCCAGUCUUGUGCACUAAAGCUCUAUCAGCUUUACUCGAUGUUUUACAAGGUCAAAGCCCAGAAGGUCUAAAAUCCGAACCACCAGACAUAACAGACCCUUUAUUCGAGUUACUACUAGAUUUAGCAACUUUGCACGGUCCUGAAAGUGCAGUACCGAAUGACGGUACUCACUUAACUGCGGUUGCAUGUGCCUGUCUCCUAUCCCUUGUAGUAGUCAAAGGGGAUACCGGAAAGUACCUUAGCGCAGCUGCAGCCCUUUUAAUGUGCCCCAGAGCUCUAAGCGUGCAAAACAUACAAAUGCCCGCCGUACUUUCUUCACUUCAAAGGAGCAUCCAUGGAGUUUUAUUGGGUAAAAUGAUCAGGCCCGAUUGGUUGACGCAUGGAGUUCCAAUUAGUUCAAAAAUUGAUUUGUUUCAUGUUAAAGUACCAGCAGAUUUGCAAAAUGUUACUUUAAUACUUAAGUCUUUGGCUUUUGAUGGGCAAUAUCUUUAUUUGUUUACAAGUAAGGGUUUAUUGAAGAUUGGUAGUGGCUAUGGAGGGACUGUUAAGGGUCAUGUUUCCAUGUGGAAACAAGAUUUUUAUCCUAAUGAUAAUGGCAGUUUGGUGUUUUGUUCUGGGAAGCUUUAUUUGAAAUUAUCUGGAAGAAGAGGAGGUGAAUUUCUGAUAGUAGAACGGAACAAUCUUUUAAUUUCUGGUUCAGUUCCUCUUCAUAGCAGAGACGUAUCGGCAUCUGUAAUAUUUUCAGAUGGAGAAUAUUUAGGAACCAUUUCAGCUGCCAAAGAUGAUGGUUUUGUAGUGAGAGUUUUGAACCAAAACACUUCCCCGGCUGCUUUAAUAAGCGAGCUCCCUUUGAAACUAGCCAGAAAGUGCGUGGACGCUCUGGGAUAUGCUUCAUUUGAAGAAGAAGCAAACUCCUACACAAUAAACCUAAAUACUGAAGAAGAAGUUGCCUCGGUUUGCGCUGGCAAAGACUUCGGUCUACUCCGCACGGUCACAGGAAAAGUGCUUUACACAGGCAAAUCAUCAGCUUUAGGCAUUAAACAGGCAGGAAUCAGAACGGGAAAAUGGUCCGAGUUAAUUUUAACAAAAUCACCAAAAAUCACUCACAUUUCCAUGGGACAUGACGGUUUACAUGCUGUCCUUGUUACAGAAGAUGGGGCAGUGUUUUUCACAGGAACCGCACGAAGGGGAGAGGACGGCGAUCAAAGCAAAGUACGAAGACAACCAAAACCAGUCAAACCUAAAAAAAUGAUCAAGGUUGAUGGUUUGCAUAUAAUUACCGGGGCCUGUAAUAAUGGAACUACAGCUCUAGUGACUAGAGACGGUGAAUUGUUGAUUUUUGGUAAAGAUACUGCACAUGCAGAUGCUUCUACAGGUCUUGUGGGAGGUCUCAAAGGCGAAUUCAUAACCCAAGUAGCCUUAGGUAAAGCUCACGCAAUAGCUUUGACAACCAAAGGCCAAGUAUUCACUUUUGGAAUCAACAACAAAUUCCAGUGCGGCAGAGAGUUUAUAAAACAGUCAAGCAAAGAUAGUCCUCCUUUGCAUAAUAUAGUUGCAAUGGACACUGGCCCCACUUUGGACGAACAAGAAUACUUUGAAGAUAUAGAGACUAAUCAAAAAGAAUCUGAUAAUAUGGCCAGUUGUUCUGAAGGCAACGUAGGAGAGGGCGGGCAACAAAAUAUGUGCCCUGCUGGCACUCAUGCUUGGCACGAAGAUUUAUGCAUGGUUUGUACAGUUUGCAGAGAGUGCACUGGUUAUUCUAUUAGUUGUUUGAGUUCCAUGAGUUCAGAAAGAAACCCAGGACAAGAGUGUGGUUGCGGUGAAGGCGACAGCGGUUGCGCCAUUUGUGGUUGUUGUAGAAUUUGUGCCCGAGAAGUCGUAGAUAAUUCCGAACUGGCUGAUUUGGCAGGAAUGAUGAGGGAUAAUAAAAUAAUCCCAUCAAAGCAAAGAACAAAGUUGCAAGAGCAAAUUCAAAGUAGAUUGGAAGACAGGAAAAACAAAAGUAAAAAAUCGAUGGCCGGUUCUAGCAAACAGGCUAGCAAAUUGAAGUCUUUGAGGUCUUCUGUUCUGGCAACUCCAACUCACAAAGCGAGUAACUCCACCAGCAGGCAAAACAACAUUUUAGGCACCGUGAAAGAACAAACUGGCUCUGAUGUGGAACGAGAUGCUGCUAGAGUGGCUUGUCUACCUCCUGCUAAGUUAGCUCUGUCUUGUGACAGUCCAGUAGUUCAAAUAGCUUGUGGACUACAUCACAGCGUUCUUCUGUUGCAAAACGGACAAGUUUGGACUUUUGGCUCAAAUCUGUACGGUCAAUUAGGCUGCGGGGAUAUUUUAGCUAAAAGCGCUUUACAAUAUGUGAAGUUGCCUACUAGCGCUGUACAUGUAGCUGCUGGAAGCAACCAUACUGUAAUAUUGACUAGUAAAGGGGAAGUGUUUACUUUUGGAAAUGCUGAGAGGGGCCAAUUAGGUCGUCUACCAUCCAGUCCGAUAAGUCAAGAAAAUCCUCAACCUGGCCAAAGCAGUUCUAAGUAUAACAAUCCAAGAACUCCAUGGUAUAGUAUUCCAGGUGCUAUACCCAACGUGGGUCCCAGGCAUGGACGGCGUGCCACUUGGGUGGGAGCUUCAGGAGACCAAACCUUCUUAAAACUAGACGAAAGCCUUAUAAAUUCAGUAAGCAUCGCAAAAUCAACUGUUACAGCUAACAAGCAUUGCAUUGUUUUGUUUCCAAACCACGAAACCACUACUAGAAAUUUCAAAAGCCUAGUAAUCAACAAAAAAGAUGGCAAUUGCAACUCUUUCAAAGGCCCAGAACAAGUAGAUUUCAGCUCUAAAAUGGUCUGUAUGGAUCCUAUAUACAAUAUUCUUUGGUCGUAUGACGUGGCCAGUCACGAAGUUUGUUGCUACAAUAUUGUAGCGUCAGAUUUGCAAACUGUUAAUGUUAAUCAGUCAAUGAAGACUCUGGAUAAUAAAGUGCUGUCCGAUAUGAAAAUAAUCCAAGAUAGAUGUUUGACCGAUAAACAGGGUAGCUUAAAUUCGAUUUUAUUCCCUGAGCUGGCUUUACCUGUAACAACGAAUUGUCACGUGACAAGAUUUCAAGCAGCUUUAAAUCUCCUCUGUUGCCUGGACACUUUAACAAUAGCUCACGAUCUUCAAAUAACAGCAGUAAAAGAAGAAGUCGACGAUCGCCAAAUGGUAACAGGCAAGCAAUACUCCAAAGAAGAUUUUCAAGCUGUCAACAGGUUUGAAAGCCACGGUGGUGGUUGGGGUUAUUCCGGCCAUAGCAUCGAAGCUAUUCGAUUUAUGGCUGAUACUGAUAUUUUACUGGGAGGGUUUGGCUUGUUUGGAGGGCGUGGAGAAUAUACUGCCAAGCUAAAGCUAUUGGAUAUUGGCCCUAAUGGUGGGGAGCAAGAGGUAGACGGAGAACUUCUAGCUGAAACUGAAGAAGUGCCUUAUGAGUGUGGGCCUAGGCAAAAAUAUGCGAUGUUGUUUGACGAACCUGUGCAACUUCAGGCUCAUCGUUGGUACGUAGCUUGGUGCAGAAUAAGCGGUCCUAGCAGCGAUUGUGGUUCAUCAGGCCAAACCAUGGUAACAACAGAAGAUCAAGUAUUAUUUUAUUUUAAAUCAUCAAAAAAAUCAAAUAACGGCACUGACGUCAACGCUGGACAAAUACCGCAAUUGCUCUACAAAAUUGUCAGUCCAGAAAAUCAAAAUCCACCAAGACAAGUAGACGUAGUUGAACCCAUUCACAUCCUUUCCAAAGAAUUUUCUAAAACAGUCACAAAAGAAUGCUUUCAAAGUCUUUUGUCUCUGCUGCAAUGGUCUUGGAACACUUUUAAAUGGGGCAUUAUGGAGGGACAAUCAAUAAAAAAUAUGUAUACCAACUUGGAAUUGGAAAGGCUCGUUUAUAUAAGCACGUCAAGUCUUAGACUCUUGUGCACAUACAUCAAUGAAAUUUAUCCCAGGCAAAUAAAUAGAAAAGCUCCCUUGGAAAAUGUUCACUUAGCCGAAUGCAUAGGCGAUGUCAGAUUUUUACUGAAGCAAAUACUAUCAGACAACAUACCUUUAUUGAUGCAAAACAAAAAAUCCAGCAAAACGAAAAGCUACAGCGUCGCAUUGAUGAACAGCAUUUUACAAGAGUGCCACAACACUUUUGUCAGUUGCUUUCAUGCCUUUUACCCAACAGCUUACCUAAAGUGGACUUGUUUGUGUGAUUUAUUGGCUGAAACAACUGAAGCCUAUAAUCCUCACAGCCCUUCCAACAAUCAAAUGCUUUUAAGCGCCGUCCUUUGUGCCCUUUGUGCACCCUCUGUAAGGCUACGUGGCACUUUUCCUUUAUUGGGAGGCAAUCAGAGUAAUGAAAAUUCAUUGCAUCGAGGACUAAGCCCUUCUGAUAACACCGGACAUCCUAUGAUGAGUGUUAGUGAUAGUCAUAAUUAUCCUAUUUUGGUUGAACAAAUGAGUUAUAAGAGUCAAAUGGAAUCUACUUACACUGGUUUGACUUGGACUUGGUCUGAUGUACUAGAAAGACUAAUAAAUCUAGUCUCUGAUCCAAUAUUGAAGAUCCUACAAAAACAAACAACUGUAGCACUUUCUGAGCUCUCGAAAUAUUGCUGUCAUUUGCUGGCUAGAGUUCUAGCUGAGUUGGUACACCAAUGCAGUUCAUCUGACGAAGAUCUUCAAAGUGCUUGCGGUAGAAUCCUUCACAUGACCCCGUCAAGAUUCACAAGAACCAAUCAAUCCAGAACUUGGAACACUGGAAAUGGUUCCCCUGACGCGAUUUGCUUCCAGGUGGAUAGGGCUGGUAUUUCUAUAGUAGGGGUUGGUAUUUACGGCGGUAUCGGCCAUUACGAGUACGAAUUGGAGCUGUUAGAAGACACUAGUUUGAGUUCUGGCUUGGAAAAUCACGCAGCUCAUCGCUGGAACAGUUUGGAAAUAACGCGCGGUUCGUUCGGGCCUGAGGAUUUUGCUCCAGACGUUGUGGAAGUUAAAUUUGAUAGAGCCGUUCCAAUUAAGGAAAAUGUAAAAUACGCUGUAAGACUAAGAAAUCAUGGAGGUAGGACCAACAAUGGCGAUGGAGGAUUAAAUUCAGUCAAAGGAUCGGAUAAUACCACUUUCACAUUUUCAACAUGUUCUAUAAGCUUCAAUGGAACUACCCUUACCAGAGGCCAAAUACCAAUUUUAUUGUAUUACAGCAACCCUAUUGAGUGUGGCAAAACAUCUACGUCCAAAUUGGAAUAUCAAGCGAGAAAGGCAGCUUUAACAAUGACCAGCUCAAUAAUACAAAAUGCCUCGAAGCUAAUGAUGCUGGCCAGAGAGAAAGUUGAAGAACUACCUGCAGCAAACAUUUUAAGUGAUUCUUGCAUUGUCAAAACUCUGUUGCCUUUGGUAUUGGCUCAUGUCAGUCCUUUGGCUUCUAGUGAUCCUAAAAGUGCAGUUCAAGUAUUGGGCCUGAUUCAAGAACUGCUGCCUCAUGUGGCAGCUCUAAAUCUUCUUGGAUCUCCAACUCCCAACAUUCCCAUAAGCAAUAAAGCACUUUUGGGAUCGAAUUUAUCUAAUCAAGAAGCUUGCGAUGGUAAAAUAACUACUACUAGUAAUCAUUAUACUUGGGUUGAGAGUGAGCAUCCUUAUAAACCUGCUUCAGUUGCCAAUUACAGGGUUCUUUUCCCGGAUUGUGUUAAAUGGAUCUCGCUUGAGUUUGAUUCAGCUUGCGCCACAGCUCAGCCAGAAGAUUCUUUGCAACUUUAUAUUCCUGCAAUAGAUUUUGCUUCUAGUUAUCGUAGAAAAAGUCUUACUGUGAAUAUUUUAGACGAUUUAGACUCGCCACCGUUGCCUUAUUGGCCUGUUCUGCAUAAAUUUAGUGGAAGUUUGCAGUGGCCCUCAAACGCUGUAAUCCUUCCAGGAAAUGAAGUGGUAUUUUCUCUGGAAACUGCCUCAGAUUACUUGAAAGAUGACCGUGCCAGUGCCUACGGUUUCAAAUGCUUAGUGAUUGGCUACGAGUGGCCUCCUGAUACGAAUUUCUACACAGGAUUGAAGCAUUUGGAGGCUGAACUAUCGUUUUUGGGCGGAUUAUGCGCUGCUAGUUUAAUGAAGAAGGAUUUGUUGUUGCCUGUUGUUGGAGAUGAAGGAGAUGCAGAUAUGGAAAGUGCAGAAUCAGUGGCUACGCAAAUAUUUUCGGAUCACAGCUCCCUACUAUCCAAAGGAUUAGCUUUAAGCUCCCCUCCUACAGUGACACAAGCAUUAGAUGGAAUGCUACCUUACAGUGCCCAUUCCAAUGAACGCCUCUUCCUUCGAGACCUGGUUGGUUGCGUGGCUGGUUCCAGUGGUGGUCGCUUAGCUCAAUGGUUACAACCCGGUAGCCACGCAGAACCAUCUUUGUGCAGGGUACUGUGCACCAGAGAAGAUCUGAGACAAGGAUGGCCAACGAUUGUAACGGUACUAACACGAGAUCAGUACGGAGAUGCUGUUUAUGUACCAAAUAUGAAGGUGCACGUGAAAGCUAUACCGAUAGAUAAAAAAGAGCUAGGAAAUUGUGACGCUGGCAGAAAAAUAAGAAGAGUGAGCGAACCUGAUCCUUUGGUGUUUGGAGGUUUGCCACCUCCACCCCUGCACCAUUGCUACGAGCCAACCAUAAGAGAUAAAAUGAGGUUUCAUUCAAUCACUGUAAUGAAACCCUACCAAAAUUAUUCAUUUGAGGAAUUACGCUUCACAUCUCCUCCAGUUAAAAGAUCCAGCGAAACUAUGCUAGUAAGAGCCAAUUUGGAUGGUACCUACAGCGCCACAUGGACCCCAGCCUCAAUCGGUUGCUACUCAAUCGUAGUUAAUAUUGACGGCUACGAAAUGGAGGAGGCUUUCAAGGUUGAAGUGAAAGAACCACCUCAAGGCAUGAUUCCACCCAAUCAAAAUACCAACAAAAAGUCCAGCAAUCAGCCCAGCAAAGUUCGGAAGUUUAUCGCUAAAAAUUCGGCUGGUUUACGUGUAAGGGCGCACCCGUCUUUGCAAAGCGAACAAAUCGGGGUUGUGCAUGUUAAUGGAACAAUUGUGUUUAUUGAUGAGAUUCAUAAUGAUGAUGGGGUUUGGCUACGAUUAUCAGCGGAUACGAUUAGGCAGUACUGUAAUCCGCACAUUAUCGAAGCCUGGUGUCUUCAGUACAAUCAGCAUUUGGGAAAAACGUUGCUGCUGCCCGUCGAGGAACCCAAGACUAUUCUGGAACAAGUCCUUACCGAUACGAUUUUACGAAAGUUGCCCGAAAUACAGGAUAAAAAUUCACAAGUCAGUUACAAGGUAAUCAAAUGUGGAGCUUCUGGUCACAACGUGAGAAGCAGACCAAGUUUACAAGCUCCUCCAGUUGGUAUGCUAGUCCUGGGUAAUCGUAUUGGUGUAAGCGAAUACGUUGUAAACUCAGAAGGCUGUUGGGUGCUUCUGGAUAAAGCCACAAUCGAAAAAUAUUGCUUCAACGUUGACGGUGAAGGUGAGGCGUGGUCUUUGGCCAUCGGCACAAACAACGUUCUUUAUCUGGAUAACGUCGGCGAAUCUGAUAAUCCAAAAGCGCCAUCCUCUGACAACCAGAAACGCGGUUUUCAUUUUUCGUAUCCGAAAUCCAGCGAUUUUACAUUUUCCGGUGGUCAGAGCAGUUCCUCGACUGUCAAGUGCAAAUCUGAAGAAUUGAAUCCGUUUAUUUUUGGAGAAAAUGUAGAUGGUGAUCCACCUAAGGUGCCUAAAAGAGAACGGAAAGAUAGCAGUAAUAAGUUAAAAUUUAGACCAAAAUUGACUAGGAGCGAUGGGCAAGCCAAUGAAGGGUUUUCUGAUACUUCUGGGCGGAUUGCUCCAGAAUUAGGCUCAAACGGUAAUGGAAUUACCCCACCAGAUACACCAAAGAGGUCUCAAAGUCCCAAAGCUUUUUCUCCUAAGCCUAUGAGCAGAAGCUCUAGCCCAAUAGCUUUACCUAGCCGUGCCUUUCCUCCUGAAAGUGUCAGCAGCAGCCCUCCAAUUCAUGGAUCAUCUAAAAGCAUCGGUCUAUCACCUUUAGUCUCAGGUCCUGAUGGUACAAGAAGAGGCUCGAAUCAAUCCGACACAAGUGCUCUAGUUAGUAGCAUCACAAGAGACUUGUCUCAAUCCCCUAGUCAAUCUAGAGGAUUGACGCCAAGUCCUACUAGUAGCUCAUUACAUACAAGCCCACCACAUACGCCAGUAAAAGACAAUGAGCAAAAAAAACUAACUCAAACUGGUACUCAGACAUCUCCAGAAAACGCUAUAAAUCCAGUCAAGGGGCAUUUCUCCAUUGGCACCGUUAACAAAGAGGAAAAAGUAUCGCCGAAAAUGAUGCGCAAAGAUAGAGGCGCGACUAAAAACCGUCCAAAAAGGGCCAUAUCGCCGGCGAACAUGCAUCAAAUGCCGGCCACUUCAAAGACCAGUUAUCCAGCUGGCGAACCCGUUAAACAAGCCAUGAGCCCUUCGGUGGCUGAAUCUUUGCGGGCCGUUUUCGCGGCUUUUUUGUGGCACGAAGGUAUCGUUCACGACGCGAUGGCUUGCGCUAGUUUUUUGAAAUUUCAUCCAACUUUACCGAAACAAGGAGCUCAAGUUGUCACUCGACAUUCCGAUACUCCUCUCGAUAAACGACGCAAAGAAUUGACCAAAGAGGAAAGGGCUAGACAACGACAUUCAGUGGAAGUUAGUAACGCUGGCAAUUACCUCCACAUCCAACCAUCCACUUUGGAAUCUCUAACGCGAUCAGCGGCCAAUGCCAGCGCCAACAGAAACAGAUCCAGAAAAAUCACAGAUGGUACGAUUAAAGAAGAAUCCUCUGAGCCAAAUUACACCUACCAAACCAUAUCGGUCUUACCGCCUGCUUUAAAAAGCCUAGUAUUCUUAUGGGAAGAACUGACAUCGAAUUGUUUACAAAACAUGAAUCAACAACUAACAGCUUCAACCAAAGAUCGGGGAGGAAUGAAAACCGACGCCAAAGAGAAAAACAACACAAUCGAAAAGGAAAGCAAGAAAAACAAGAAGAAGAAAGUGCCUCCUAGGAAUUACUUGGAAGAUAUCGGCUUGACUUCGUAUUUGCAUGCUGGAGCGGGUGAUACUUUAUGCGAAUUGUGUGGUGACAGUUUUCCUCAUCCUGUUACUUAUCACAUGCACCAAGAACAUCCUGGAUGUGGCCAACACGCUGGAGGCAAAGGCUAUAAUUCUGGAGGAAAUUAUUGUUUAGGAUGGGCGGGAAAUUGUGGAGAUGGAGGAGUUCCUGGAAGUUCUUGGUAUCUCCUUUGCGAACAGUGCAGAGAAAAAUACACAAAAAAUUGCAGAGGCAAGCAAUCAGCUAAAGCCAAAACCAUUAUCCAUAGAAAGCCAUUGCCAAUGAGGCCAAUGCCCUCCGGUUCCGAACAACAUAUUGUCAUGAAAAAUAACGCAAUGUUCCUAUUGGAUUUGGCUAGUUCCGCCGAUACUGGAAUGGGCAGUCAGAGACGGGCAUCUGGAUGCGUUAUGCCAUCAGUUUCGGAAAAUAUUACUCCUCCAGAUUGUUCUGGACCUUUUGGUCCUUUACCACCUUUUCAAUGUCUGUCUACUUUGGGAGGCAUGAAUUUCUUUGACGAGCCAGCUUUUUACAAUGAAAUGCUGCAAAGGCAAAAUUUUCAGAAUAGUUUUGGCAAUAUUCCUUCUACCUCUAGCCAACGACCCCUUUCUGAAGUAUCUUUAUCUGAAACUGAAUCAGACGCAAUAAAAGGUAUGAGAUUUCAUCGAUCAGUUUCAAUGGGUACCAACGGAAUUCCGUGGGCCAAAGCCGGCUAUGAUGGUAGAAUUAUAAUGAUGCGUCGCAGGAAUAACAGCAGCUCAGAAAUUGCUGGAGAAGGUGGAUCAUCUUUGCUGUGCAAUCCCUCGCCGGCCUUACAAAAAUUGUUACCCAAAGAAGAAAUAUCGUCAAUUGUCAAUGACGAGCAAAGAGAGAGCCUGCAUUUAAUGGAAAGGCCCGUUUUACAAUUUGUGGUACAACAAUACGAUUUGGAUUCAUUGAAAAUUUGUAUGAAGCAAGCCUUAAGGAAAGCAAUGUGUAGAGUCUACGCCAUGCAAGCCCUAAACUGGCUCCUCAGGUCCGUUACUCAACCAAUUUGCUUGCACGAUUUAUUAUGGUGGUUCGUUACCUCACUCACACCUGUAGAAAUUGAAAUGGAAUCCGAAGAGGAUAAUAGACCUCCUAAAAAGGCAGAUGAAGAUUUAAAUGUUUGCGAACAUCCAUUGUCUGAUAUCACUAUUGCUGGUGACGCUGUGCAUCCUUUACCAGGCACGUUUCAUGCCCUUCUACAAACUAUUGCCCACAUAAUGAUUUUAUUACCUAUGGGUUCACCCUUACAGCAAAUUUCUGUUAGAUGUUGGGGGUUGCGGUUUGAACCCGCUGAUCACAGCUUCCUACAUCGAUCGCAAGUGUUUAAUAAUAUUAGCAAAAUUUUGUCUAGGAGUGAGGAAAUGGAGGACUUUACUAUUUCAAUGCACGAAAGCGCCUUUCACCAUCCAACAGCUUCAGUUGAAUGCCUCAAAGAUCUCACCCAAUCAGUUGAAAUUCGUGCUUCAAGUAGACAAGCAAUGAUUGGAAGUCUAACUGACGGAUCCACUGAAACGUUUUGGGAAAGUGGAGACGAGGACAGAAACAAAACUAAAAGUAUAACGAUUAUUUGCGCUCACGGACAACAUCCAGUUUUACUAUGCGUUCAUGUGGAUAAUUGUAGGGAUCUCGGCAAUAAAAUUGCUACGAUUACAUUUUAUUCUGGACAAAACACUGACGAGCUUGUUAAACUGAGGACUGUCGAAGUUGAAACUAGAUUGCUUGGUGGAUGGGUUAAUUGUCCAAUAACAGAGCCUCUAGACAACGUUAUUAGAUUGGAGCUAAAAGGCCCUGAUAAUUCGGUACGUUUGCGUCAGAUUCGUAUACUUGGAAAGGUGGAAGGAGAAAUUUUAAAAGUUGGCAAAUUGUAUAGUGCUGGUACUAUACAGCAAAGGAAUUGUGAAAGUGAAACUUUAAGGGUUUUCAGAUUAAUAACAGCUCAAGUUUUUGGCAAGCUAAUUCAAGGCGAGUUCCUCAACAACGAAAACAAUCUAUCACCGAGUGAGGCAAUGGAACCUUUAGAAGAAAGUAACGAUUUAAGAGAGCACAUGGUUGGAAUUCUAUUUAGCAGAAGUAAAUUAACCCAUUUACAAAAACAAGUAAUCGUCCAUAUUGUACAAGCCAUCCGCAAAGAGACUGAAAGAGUCAGAGACGAAUGGGAAACCAACCUUUGCACAGCUUCAGUUGUAUCAUCAAACAGCAGCUCUAAUGUAGCAAAAACUUCAGAUACUUAUUGCUUUGAAAUGCUUUCAAUGGUAUUGGCUUUAUCGGGUAGCUCAGUGGGCAGAGCCUAUUUGUCUCACCAGGGUGGAUUGUUGGGCGAUUUGUUGACUUUGCUACACACGGGAAGCGCCAGAGUCCAAAGACAAGUCACUUCUUUGUUGAGACGAAUGCUUCCUGAAAUCACUCCGGAAUUCUUUGCCAAAGUUGUAGGAGUCACAAGCCUGCCACCUAGAGAUUUUAAUAUCGUCAGCGUGGCCAAUAAAGAUGCUAACUCUUUCAAAUUUGAUAUAAACAAUAUUGGGAUUCUGGAUAUUUUUCUAAGUGUGAUUGCUAAAGCUUUAACGUUGCAAGUGAAGAUGCGUAGCAAAUCAGGUAGUGGAGGGGCAGCUAAGGAAAUCAGUACCAUUACUUUGGCUGCUUCCAUACAAGGGAACGAUGACGUAGCUCAGAGAUGGUACUUGAGAGGUACGGCCAAUAGAAAAUUGGCCGAAGUUAUUGUGCAGCUUAUAACUGAUAUGACUGCGGGUAAAAUGUCUGAAAUUUGGGCCAACAUUACCAAAGGAGCCAUAGCCGAAAAUAUUUUAAAUUUGACUUGUUUAAAUGAAGAAUAUCGAGUGCCUAAUGUUUGUCUAAAAACGCCCACUCUAUGGCUAGCUCUGGCUUCUUUAUGCGUAUUGGACAAAGAUCAUGUAGAGCGGCUUUCCUCAGGUCAAUGGAGUAAGGCCGAAGGCCAUCCAAUGCCUCCCAGGCCUAUGUGCAGCAAUCACGACGACGGUGAAACCACUGCUGUGAUUCAGUGCAACAAUUGUGGCAAUCUAUGUGCAGAUUGUGAUAGAUUUUUGCAUUUGCACAGGAAAACUAGAGCCCACUUAAGACAAGUGUGUAAAGAAGAAGAAGAAGCAAUAAAAGUGGAACUACAUGAAGGAUGUGGAAGAACCAAACUCUUUUGGCUUCUAGCGUUGGCCGAUUCUAGAACUCUCAAAGCAUUGGUUGAGUAUCGAGAAGGCGGUGCACGUACCAGAGCUGCCGGUAUAACUGGAAUUUGUCGAUUUUGCGGUACUACAGGCAAUUCGGGUUUAUUGGCUAUUGGAAAUGUUUGCGCAGACUCGGAAUGCCAGGAAUAUGGGAAAACUGCCUGCACGAAGCUGUUAAACUGCGGUCAUAUGUGCGGUGGGGUUUUAAAAGAAACCCAAUGCUUACCUUGUUUACAUGGAUGUUCGAAUGAUGUUAGUUUGAGACAAGAUUCGGACGAUAUGUGCAUGAUUUGUUUUACCGAGGCUUUGUCUUGUGCUCCUGCAAUUCAGCUACAAUGCGGACACGUGUUCCACUUACAUUGCUGCAAAGCUGUUUUAAUGAAACGAUGGGCAGGACCAAGGAUCACUUUUUCGUUUUCACUAUGUCCUAUUUGCAAGGUUGAAAUAAGUCAUCCGACUCUACAAGAGCUUCUACAGCCAAUCCAAGAGUUAUUCAAAGACGUCCGUAGAAAAGCCCUAAUGCGACUUGAAUACGAAGGUCUGCACACUGUGGAAGCUGUUUCGACGCCCGGAGCUCGUUUCUACAACGAUCCCGCUUCUUAUUCCAUGGAGAGAUACGCUUAUUAUGUUUGUUACAAAUGCAGUAAGGCUUAUUAUGGUGGUGAAGCAAGAUGCGACGCAGACGCAGGCGACGGGUACGACCCGGCAGAAUUGGUUUGCGGCGCUUGCAGCGACGUAGCACGUGCCCAAAUGUGCCCCAAACACGGAACAGAUUUCCUAGAGUACAAGUGCCGGUACUGUUGUUCCGUAGCCGUGUUCUUUUGCUUCGGUACCACUCACUUUUGCAACCCUUGCCACGACGAUUUCCAGCGAGUCACCAAUCUGUCCAAAGGGGAAUUGCCUCUGUGUCCUGCUGGGCCGAGAGCUACGCAGCUUGAAGGUGACGAGUGUCCUUUGCACGUUAAACAUCCAGCUACCGGGGAGGAGUUUGCUUUAGGGUGUGGUGUCUGCAGGAAUGCACAUACGUUUUAGGAGAUAUUAUGGAAUAUGUGCUUCAGUUAUUUGAGAUAUGAAAUUUUAUCAAAGAGUAGCUAUCUAUAUUAUUAGAAAUUUCCAUUAUUGAGUAUGUACUUUCUCAUCUCUUUUCGACUUAUAUAAGUAAUACGACCCAGAAGGAAGUUGAUAAUUUUAUGCUUAUUCUCUAGUCAAAUAUUUAUCUCGUACUUAUUUUUUUGAAGAUUUAUUUCACACCAAAUGUUCCUUUUAUAAUGUAAUAAAUUAUUCAAUUUAUUCUAUGUACGUACCUACCUAUAUGAACUAAAUUAUUAUAUAACUUAUUGAAACUGAUUGUCUUAUUUUCUCCCUUUUCUGCUAGAUACAAAAAAUAUUCUGUUGUUAGUUUACAACAAACAAAUAAUAAUGAUUCUUAAUUCUUAUGGACUAAUUUGCAUAAAACCAAAAUAAAAAAUACUUCUAAACUAAACACAUGCCGGACAUUGGCAAUAAGUCUUGUGACCCAUGACUGAAACUAAUUCCAUGUUUAGUUCAAUUUCGAUUCUAUCAUCAUUUGAGAAAAUGUAUCCUAUUUGUGGAUUUAAAAGAUUUCCCCAUAAAAUUGCUUGGGGGUAUCCCCAAGCCAUACGUUCUCCAUUUCUUUUUCCAUACACAUAACGAGAGCUAGAAGUGAAAUCUGUUUGGAUAACAUUUUUAGAAGCAUCAACCGAUAAAAUUGUGAAUGAUUUUUUCACAUCAUAUGAAAAUUGGUUUUCGUAAUCGUUAUCAUCUUUUUCUAAAUGAAUGGAUAGAUAAGGUCCUUCUUCUUGUUCUUCAUCUAUGAUUUUUGCAAUGAACAAUUGCCAUGAGGUGAAGUCGAGAUAAAAUGGUUCAGAGUAAAUUCUCUCAUUAUAAUUUUGCAAAAGAGUUUUGAUAUUCCUGAAUUGAAAUCUUUUUGAUAAAGUGCCAGUGGUAUAGAGGGGAAGUGUUUC